AUGGGCGGCGAGGACCCAUCCCGGGGGAUAGGUGCCUCUUCAAGAUCUGUUCCGCAAAGCCAUUCGAAUCAUACUGUUGAGCGACUUGAGGAUAUCACUGCGUCCAUGAAAAUUGAUGAGGGAGCAUCCCUGAACGAACUACUCCGCACCUCGGAAGAUUCCAUCCAAAAUUCCAAGAUAUCCCUAGCAAAUGGGAAACUAGAUCUAGCCUUCGAUGACUAUCUCCGGGCUUCAGAAAUCACUAUCAACGCCAUACCAAAUCACGCAGAUUAUUAUUAUAUGAGACGACAACAUCCGGGGUGGAAUGAUCGGUUUAUAAAAAUGUUGGCAACUAUUCGAUCGCAAGAAGAAACUAUGUCGAGCGUAAAGCACAAGAUUGACCAAAGCAAAAAGUCCCUCAACGGCCAUCAAACAACUUCUCCCGCUCAGGGGAAGCUUUCCCGCACAUCUCCCACCGAAGUAGAUUCUGCUUAUAGCCCAUCUCUCCCUAUGCAUCGUCGCAGCCAACCCUCGAAUGAACCUCCACUUCGCAUGCCCAGCCCAUCCAACUUCCAGCCCAAGCGGCCCGCAUCUGUUACCCCACAAAGUUAUUCUAUCAGUCAGCCAAACACUGAGCAGAGACCCGGAUCGGAGAUCCCUCGCAAACAAGUUAAUUCAGAGAUCAGUGCCUCAGAUAAUCUUGCCCUGAGAUUUGCGGAGUUGAGGAGGUCACGCCAAAAUAGAAGUUCAAAUGCGGCUGAGCAGAAUGGCAUUCCUCACAGCAGUACAUCAUCCCCAUCAUCUCCAGCAGAGCGGCCAUUAUCAAGAGACAACGCAUUAAACUACCCUAACUCAAGACCUCUUGGACCCCGCGAUAUGAGCUCAUCGCGAAAUCCUCCUGUUAUACCGCCGAAAGUUCCAUUACAUGUAGCAAACACCUCACUUCCUCGCUACCCGAGUCCAGCAUAUAGUCCAGUGUGGACAGUUCCAUGGCAACCGCCCUCGAACCCACCCAAGACAUCAACUGAUACUGCUAACCCGGGUAUAUCUCUCCAGACGCCGUCUCUCAAUGGCUCACUGAGUGACAAUCUAAACGGAUAUAACGGUGACAGCCCAUACCGAUCCCAAACGCCAAAUAGCGUUUACUCGAGGGGAGACGCACCGAGCCGCUCCGCAGACAUUCCUCUGCAGCCAACUAUACAUCCGGAUAGGCUGUACGAUUAUCUUCAAAAGUACGAUGUAUUACUCAUCGAUGUCCGCCCGCGGGAUAGGUUCGACGCCGGUCACAUUUAUUCCAAGUCAAUUAUAUGUAUAGAGCCGGUUGCUCUUAAAGAAAAUGUGUCCGCUGAAGAGCUCGAAGAUCGGUUGGUUCUCUCUCCAGAGGUGGAGCAGUCUCUUUUCGGCAGAAGGAACGAGUUCGAUUUGGUUGUUUACUAUGAUCAGAAUACGCGGGAGGCGUCCUACCUUGUUGGCUCUCCAGCAGGUAGCAGCCUACCACAUCUGCGGGCCAUCUACGACACCUUAUACGAAUUCAAUGCUUACAAGCCCCUCAAGGAUGGGCGACAACCUGCUCUUUUGGUUGGCGGGCUUGAUGCGUGGAUCGAUCUCGUUGGCCCUCACGCAUUAGCUACUUCUAAAACAGCUGCUGUUAUGAGCUCAAUCCAUGCUCGGAGGCCAGCCCAGGUCGCAGCCAAACCUCUUAAACGAGUACCUACUGCUAGCGCAAAUUCCAGCUGGGAAGUAAGAAAGCGCAGGUUGCGUGAAUAUAAACCCCUUAACCCCGAAGAGGAACGCGUCUGGCUCGAAAAAGCUAGGAAUGAGGAAAUCGACCCUUCCACUUAUGUAGCAGAGGAUGGGGCUAUCACGGAAGAGCCUGAUGGCUAUGAUAAUCAAGAGCACCCCAGUCCGUUUGUGCAUGAUUAUGAAGAUUUCUUUAGAAGGUUCCCCGAACCUCAUGAUAUUAGACAGUCCAUGGUUGGAGCACAUGCGCAAGCAAUCUCACCUCAAAUUCCUUUGCCUGAACCUUCUCUACCUCCGUCACUUCCUCGUCCUACGCCGGCAGUUCCUCGACCCAUAUACAGCGGCGUGUCUGAGGGUAGGCAUGUUCAAGCCCCCCUUGCCCGGCAAUCAUCCGCGUCUAAAACAGCGUUAUAUGCUUCAAGUUCACCAAUUGACCGCAUGAAAUUACCACGCACCGGCCUCGUCAACAUGGGUUCGACGUGUUAUAUGAAUGCUAUCAUCCAAUGUUUGAGCGUCACCGUUCAACUAACCAAAUUUUUUAUCGACAAUCGAUUCCAUUCCCAAGUACAGAAAAACUGGAAGGGCUCGCAAGGUAUUCUUCCUGGUUUGUUCGCGAACCUCGUAAGGUCGUUAUGGAAAAAUGAUGUCGAGGUUAUCCGUCCUACGUCGUUUCGAAAUUUUAUUGGACGGCUAAAUCCCGAAUGGGCUGGCAGCCGACAACAGGACGCAAAGGAAUUUUUUGACGUUCUCCUCGACUGCCUACAUGAAGAUCUGAAUUUGAACUGGAAUAGAACACCGCUCAGGCCGCUGACAACUGAACAAGAAAUGCGCCGCGAACAGAUGCCAAUCGAACAAGUUUCAACAAUCGAAUGGAAUCGAUACUGCCACCGCGAAUACUCCUACAUUUCCUCAUUAUUUGCCGGGCAACAUGCCAGCCGACUUCGCUGCAGAACAUGCCGGCGUACUUCCACCACCUAUGAAGCAUUCUUCAGUAUCAGUGUUGAAAUUCCGACAUCCCCAGCAUCGGGCGCAGGAGACCUCUAUCAAUGUCUCAAUAGCUACUGCCAAGAGGAAAUGCUCAGCGGUGACGAAGUUUGGAAGUGCCCAUACUGUCGUUCCGAACGCGAGGCCACAAAACAGAUCAUUCUCACAAGGGCUCCUCGUUUCCUCGUAAUCCAUUUUAAACGCUUUUCGCUCUCCCGUUAUCAGCAAACGCGCAAAAUACACACCGCUAUCAACUUCCCCAUUACCGGCCUAGACAUCACGUCGUUUAUGGCUCCGCCCAUCCGCACCUCAUCUGCCCCCAACGGGAGAACUGAUGGGAACAAUAAUCAACUACAGCCGGAGCUUGCGACCACCCCCCCUUACAUUUACAACGCCUACGGCAUCGUCCGCCAUAUAGGCUCCUCAAGUAGUGAAGGGCACUACAUAUCCCUCGUCAGAGAUGACCGCCGUGGAUGUUGGCGCAAAUUUGAUGACCAACGAGUGACAGAUUUCAACCCCAUGGGCUUGAAGCCGGCUGAUAGCCUUCAAAAUGAUCAGGCAUACCUUGUAUUUUAUGAACGAAAGCUAGCAUAUUAG